CCAUUAUGGUCAGCCAUGGCGUGGCUGCCGGGCGGGCUGGCCGAGCUGCGCUGGGGCGCGCUGGUCGCUCUCUUCGUGGCGGCGCUGGCCACGCUGGCCGUGUACCUGGUGCAGUACGCGCUGCUGGCGCUGCGGAGGGGCCGCCCGCCGCCGGCCCCCGCUCCGCCGGUGCAGCGGGACGAGCUGCUGGAGGAGGGCGGCUCGGUGCUGGCCUGGGCGCUGUCGCGGGGCAGCUGGAGGCGGCAGUGGCGGCGGGCCUGGGUGGCGGCGCUCCGAGCCGAGGCGGCGGAGCGGGCGGAUUCUCAGUUGCUUACAUUUGAGGAAGAUGACCCAGCAGAACCACUUGAGCUAGCAGUUAAAGAAGUUACCAGCAUUGUAAAGUCAGCUGGAGAGAAGGUGGUUUCUUGCAAUGUUGUGGGGGAUUCUGUGAAAUUCCUCGUUGCUGUCUCAGCCCCUCCGCCCGCGGCUGCCGAAGCUCAGUCGUAUUUUGUGAAGCUGUCCCCAGUACACCUGCAGCUUCAGCUCUCUGUGAAAGACAAAGGAGAAGAUGUCAAAGUUGAGUGGCUCCUCAUUAACACCGAUGAAAUCAACUUUGAAAUCCAGCCAGCAGUGCAGGAGGGGCAGACAGCAGGGACAUGUGCAAUAUCUGAAACACUCAGAGAUGUCUUGAAGAACCUCUUCAGCUCAGCUUCUCCAUCUGUAGAGCUGAGUGUGAGGCCUGCAGACACAAAGGAGGUUCAGAAUGUCCAGAACACACUGAGCCUUGUCCCUCAGGGCACCAGUCCUCCCAAGCCUCCGAGGGCUCACGAGCUGAAGCUGCUGCUGAGGAACAUCGCGCUGGAGCCCCCGAGCGACCUCCGUGCUGCAGGCAGCACAAACCUUGUGUGUAUAGUUCAGUUGAAUGACCCUAUGCAGAAGUUUUCCAGCUCUGUAGCCAAAAAUGCUGCACAUCCCUUUUGGAAGGAAGAGUUUAUCUUUGAACUAAGUGCCAAAUCAAAAGCAUUGCAACUGCAAAUAGUAGAAGAUGGAAAGUUGGAUAGUCCUUUAUCCGGGCAGGUGACUGUCCCCCUGGACCUGUUCAGGAAGCAGCCCUGUGGCCAGCACAGCUUUGCCCUGGGCAGAGGGGCCGGGGAGAGCAGCUCAGAGCCAGGGCCCGGGCUGGGCUCCAUCACUGCAGAGUUCUCUUUUAUAGAGCCCAGUGAAGUGAAGGCCAGGCAGGUGUCCUCUCCAGUGCUGGCCACCAAGAUCGAGAAGGACCGCACCGUGAUGCCCUGUGGCACUGUGGUCACCACUGUCACUGCUGUGAGAACCAAACCUCGCCUGGAAGGGAGAUCCUCCCCCCUGAGCUCAGAUUCUCCUGUGAAAACUCCAGUCAAAGUAAAGGUGACUGAAAAGGAUUUCAUUGUUGAAGCCCUCCAUUCUCAUGGUGCUCCAGUCAGCAAAACUUUGUCAUCUUCAGAUACAGAGCUGCUGGUACUGAACGGCACCGACCCCGUGGCAGAGGCGGCCAUUCGGCAGCUGAGCCAGUCUGCCAAGCAGAAGCUGAAGUCCCCUCGGAAGAAAAGCACCAUUAUCAUAUCAGGGGUGUCCAAGACCUCUUUAUCUCAGGACAGUGAAGCUUCACUGAUGAUGGACUAUGCUGCAGCCAUGGACAGCUCCUGCAGGGAAGCAGAUCCACCCACUGUGGAGGAAAAUGUUGCAAAAAUCACCUCUGACAAAAAGCAGUCACUGGAUGCUUCAGAAAGAGUCCCUGGCACCCACCCACAGCAAAGCACCCCCAAGACCUGGGGUUUGGAGAAUGGCAGCCAGCAGUGGGACACCAGCACACUCUUAGACCAGACCUCUGAAGAAAUAUCUGGGAGCUCAUUAAGUGUUUCAGAAACUGGGAGCAUGAAAAAAUCUAAAGGUGGCAUUUUGAAGAAAAGCGCCAAGCUGUUUUUCCGCCGGCAGCACCACCAGAAGGACCCGGGGAUGAGCCAGUCCCACAAUGACCUGGUGUUCCUGCAGCACCCCCUGGCAGAGGAGGGCCGCAAGAAGGGGGGGACACUCUCCAGAAUGCUGAGCAAGAAGCUCCUUUCCAGGAACAAGAGCAAGACCAAACUGAACGGGGCCUCGGGAGAGCCGUACCCAUGAACCCAACCCCUCUCCAUGGAUUCCUGCUCACAUGAGCACUUGUUUACAGAGCAGUCCUAGAGAAUACAAAUAUGGCUGAUGGCUUGCAUAAAAGGAUGUUCACUGUUAACAGUGGUCUUUUUGGUUUAUUUUUCCAAAAUGCUUUUUCUCCCUGAUGAUGAAGUUGUUCCUCCAAAUACAAGCAGUGCUGAAUGUGUCCAGCUUUUGGAGGAGUGUGUGGUUUCUUCUGGAAGAGGAGGGAGGAUAAAGAAUGGUGCAGGUGGGGACCAAGAAGGCACCUGAUGUCCUGGGGUGCAGUGGGAAGAGCAUUUCCAGCAGGUAAUGCCCCUGUGCCCAGCCCUGGGGGCACCUCUGGCUGCUGUGCCCAGCUCUGGCUCCUCAGCACAGCAGGGCCAGGAGCUCCUGGAGCUGAGCAAGGGCCUGGAGCAGCUCCGUGCCCAGGAAAGGCUGAGGGAGCUGGGGCUGCUCAGCCUGGAGAGGAGCCCCAGGGAGAGAGAGGGGCUGAGCCCUGCCUGGGCCUGCCUGUCCCUGUGUCCAUCCCUGUGUCUGUCCCUGUGUCUGUCCCUGUGUCUGUCCCUGCCUGUCCCUGUGUCUGUCCCUGCCUGGCCCUGUGUCUGUCCCUGUGUCUGUCCCUGUGUCUGUCCCUGCCUGUCCCUGUGUCCAUCCCUGUGUCUGUCCCUGUGUCUGUCCCUGUGUCUGUCCCUGUGUCUGUCCCUGUCUGUCCCUGUGGCUGUCCCUGUGUCCAUCCCUGUGUCUGUCCCUGCCUGUCCCUCUGUCUGUCCCUGUGUCUGUCCCUGUGUCUGUCCCUGUGUCUGUCCCUGUGUGCAGAGCUCAGAGCAGGCCCAGGCUCUGCUCCAGGCCCAGCAAUGGCCCCAGAGCCACGGGCAGGGCCUGAGCCCAGCAAUUCCCCUCACAGGAGGCACAACUUCUGCCCUGGGCAGUGCCCAGCCCUGAGCAGAGCCCAGAGGGGCUCUGGGGGCUCCUCCCUGGGGACAUUCCAGAGCCAUCUGGACCCAGCCCUGUGCCCUGUGCUCUGGGAUGGCCCUGCUGGAGCAGGGAGGUGGCACCAGGGACCUUCUGUGACUUCCAGCCUGACUGAUCCUGUAGGGAGGACCCAAAUGUGAUCACCUGGUUUACAUCAACAGGGAGCUCUGGACUGAAACCUCGCAUCCAUUUAUGUGACUGAACCUCUCCAGAGAGAGAAAACACCACUGUGCUCCCUCCCUACAGCCUGCAACAGUAGCAACUGAUUUUUCUAGUCUGAAAGGGAGAAAAAAGAGGCCCAGAUGCAGUUUGUGCUGUGAUUUGGAAGGGGAUGAGUGUUCAGAAGCAGAAGGAAAAUGCUGACUCAGACACCCUACUGUAAUAACUGUGGCCUGCUAUAGUCACUGCUCAGCCCCUGGAGGUGGAGAGAUGCCUUUGACAUUAGCCAUAAAUCAAUCAAUUAUGCAAAUAUCAAUACUAGCAUAUUGUUUAAUAUUCUGCUUAAAAAAAAGUUACGCUUUAAAACACAGAACUUGGGUGGUUUUGUUUAAAUCUACUUGAAGCUACACGCAAACAAAGUAUUUGUAAAAUCUUAAAUGUAGCUUUUCUUCCCUGUGUGAGAAGCUGUACUGCUGAUGCAAAAACUCAUCUUAGGGGCUCUAAUUCCUUUUCCCAAGUGCUUGUUAGACAAGUACAUAAACCAUCAUAUCAAAUGCAAAGCUAGGAGCAGUAAAUGGUGAGUAGAGCAUAGUUAACCCUACAGUGCUUUUCAUUGGAAAGCUUGUCUUACUUGCCAAACACUGAGAUCUUCAAAUAUACAGUUGUGAAGGAAGCUUUUGAAAAUUUAUGAAUUCCCUUAGUUCAGUUUCUAGAUCUACCAGUGUUGUCAUGUGCUGAGUGGUUGGCCAGAUGAGUUUUUUAACCUUUUUUCCUUGCUAAAUAUUGCAGCUGGCUCCUUUAGUCUAAAAUGAAAAACUGAUGGGAGCAAAGGCAUAGUUCUCAUUUUGACUGUGAAGAAGAGUAAAAUGUCAGUAUUUCACAGGUACCAUCUUUCAUGCUUUACCUGUAUUUUUCCAUCAUCUGCAUUCCUGCUGAGAACAGAGGACCAAGCCUGUUCUCUUCAGCCAAGAAAAGCAUCCAAUCAUUCCAACUGAAUUACUAACCUGAAUGGAUGAUAGACUUUGUGCCUACUUUGCCAACAGUGAUUUUUCCCCUGGCCCCUUUCCUCCCUUUAAGCUGUCCAACACUUUGGUGGAUAUUUGGGCUUUCAACUUAAAGCAUUCAUCAAAAAUAGAAAGUUGCAGAAGAAUAGAAACACAUUUCAAAUUUCUGACGGAUUCAAGGUUCUCUUGGUGAAUCAAUAUCAAAGUAGAGGAGGUUUGGUUUCUUUUUUACCAAGAAAAUAUUAGAACUGAACGGUCAAAAUCUUUUAACUGCUUAAAAAUACUGUUUAUGUGUAACCUCCCAAGAUCACUGUGGUGGAACAGUAGACCAGACUAUCAAAUAGUUGUACGUUUAAGCAUGCUGCUGCUUAUGAAAACACUUGAAGGCAUUUUAAUGUUCUGUAUUUUGAAAAUUGGGUACAAAUUGAUCUUCUGGAGCUGUAUUGUGCUUGGAAAUCCCAGUUCAGUAAUACAGGUUUGUCCAGACUGAAUGUGCCUGAACAGUUUUGUUUAUUUCUAAUUUAAUACAAAGUCGAAAUUUUGUUUCUGCAUUUGUUCUACAGUGUUUCAUGAUGUGAGCAUUAAAAUCCCUGAUGUCAUGUUCCCUCAACAGACACCUUUUCUCUUGGAAUUUCUCCAGGAAUUCUCUGUGUUAUGGGGCAGGAUGGGAGUCAAGUCCCUGCCAUUGUUAAAUGCUCAGUCUUUGUUGCUGAAAGAUAAAACCACAACAGUUCCCUAAAUUCAAGAAAUCCAAAUGAAACUGAGCUCCAUGGGUAGCACAUCCAUACCCUAAAAACAAACAGCUGUGGAAUUUGGAAUGUAGAAGCAGCACAUAACAUUACUUGAAGUUGUCUUAAAUUACUGAGCUGGGAUUUUAAUUUACAGAAGCUUUAGCAUGUACUGUAGAACAGAGUGAAAUAACACUGAGUAACUUGCAGGAUACAGCACUAGGAUUUGCUUGUAAUUUACCCCAGGGAAUGGAUACACAUGGAAAAAAUUGGUUCAUUUAAGGUUUUGAUGAUCACUUGAAUGCUUGUCUCAGUGGUGGGAAUGAAGGACAUUCUUUACUGCAAACUGUGUGAAGGUUUGGGCUCACAUGUGUUAAGAGAGAAUGAAUUCUCCAGAUAAGGAGAGCAAAGCAUUUGGUGUAAAAAGGGGGUCUGGUUUUUUAUUUGCCUUCACUCCUCAGGAAAAUAAACAUUGUUUGGUUUGAUGUUGGAUCUCUGUAUCUGGCGGGUGUGUUCCUCACCUCUUCUUACUCCUCUGCCAAUAAUUUAUGUCCUGCUGUAAAAACAAACUAAGGCGCUAAACAAGGGGACAGCUGAGUUGUGACAACCCCAAAGACCCACAGUAAGGAAUCCCAUCCCCUCCUUAGGUUGUCAUUUAAGAUCAGGAGAUCUGAGGAUGCAUUUGGGUCAGUGUGAGCUGGAUCCUCACAACCUGCAGGAUCCACACUGCAGUUUUGGGUCAGAAACACUGGAUUUGUCAACAGGCACAAAUAAUACUGGGAUAUGUCCUGUGCAGUUUUUGUUUUACAAAACACCUUCUGUGUUUUGUAAUUUGAUCCAUUGUUCAAAUGUCUAGUUAUUAAAAUUACAAAGAAUUUUAAUAACUACCCACUUGAACAGCAGAUAAAAUCUUUACAUGAUAUUAUUACAUUGAACACUUGUUGUUUACUGCCUUUCAAUUUAAUGAAGUCAGAAUAGUAAAUUGGAAACAACCUGUGAAAUAUUCAUUCUUUUUUGUCCCUUUUCUCACACUUUUGUGUUUCUGGAUGUUCUGUACAGCAAAGAAAGCAUGGGUAUUUUUUUCAUGAGGACUAAGAGAUGAAGGCUUGCUUCUUUCUAAAGAAUUUUUCUGCCCAUACAUGCAACUUCUUACUUUGUAUUUUUAGUUUGUUUUGCUUUAUGGUUAAAUUUGCCUCAAUGGAGACAAGCCCUAUCCUCACCAAGAUUUGUCUUAGCUUUAGUGUGAAUUUUGACUGAGCAAAUAGUACAAGGAUUAAAUUACUCUUUGUAGAUGAAAGCAAUAAAACUACCUGAUAUCUCCAAUGGGAAUAUAAGCUAAGUAACUUUCUUCAAGUGAUUGGGAUCCCUUUCAAAGUCACUUUAAAGAGGAGGGGAAGGUUUAUCCAUAGGUCAUUGGUAUUUUAUAUCCCACUUGACCCAGGAAGAAAUUAGAGUCAUUUCACUGCUAACAAUAUGUAAAACUUGGGAAUCUGAAGGAAUGCCAGGGUAGAAAGAUUGCAUUUUGAAAGCAAAAUACCUUUGCUAAACUUCUUCAGCUUUAUGGACAGGUCAUACACUGUGCAGGCAUAAAUACUGGGCUUUAUUAUUAUGAUUUCUGACAGAUUUUCUUUUCUCCUGCUCUUUCUGUUGGGGCUCCAGGCCAUACAGAGUUUGUGCUGUCUUGCUCUUGAGAGGACUGGAUUUAUAGUGCUGCUUUUUGGAUGAAACUGGCUGGCAAUUACAGCAGUUUUGGGGAUCAGUGGAAUUUUACAGCAUUUCCUGCUACUGCAUCUCCUUGCUGUUUCUGGGUGUUUUGCAAGUGAAAACUUUCUGCUGUGUGUGUUUCUUGCAGAGUUCCGCUGUUCUUUAUGUGCAAAUU